AUGGAUGAUAAACCAACGUUCAAUCCUCAAGAUGGAUUUUCCUUUGAACGAAAAGAACGAGAAAUGAUAGCGCGAGAAGAAGACUUGAUUUCUGCAAAAAUCCCACCCUCUAAACGCGAUUAUUGUGCUCAUCAUUUACUUGAAUAUAGACAGUGUCGUUACAAGAACAUGCCUAUGUUGUAUAGAUGUGCACAUGAGAAACACAAUUACUUGAAUUGUGAGCAUCAGGACUAUGUUCUACGGAUGAAAGAAUUUGAGCGAGAACGUCGUCUUCGGCUCCGAGAAAAACGUCUUGUAGGUGUUGCU